UUGUCGUACGUAAUUUCAAGUUCAUUGAGGUUCACCGUGAGUUCACUUUCGAGUGCCACUUUCUCAAUUUCGCUUUCGAAAAAAUUUCCUUCUACUGUGCCAGAAGGAGACUUGUUUUUGCGUGAUAAAUUCUUGUGAAAGGUGUUUCUGAAUUGAUUUGACCCGUGCAUGAGUGAAAACUGUUCUAAUUUCUGUUAUAUGGACUUAAAUCAACGAAUAUGGUGUAUACAGAAGAAUAUUUGAAGGAAAAGCUGACCAAAGAAUUGGACGCCGUUCACGUUGAGGUGACGGACGAGAGUGACGGCUGCGGCGGCAAGUUCUCCGCACUCGUCGUGUCGGACAAGUUCCAGGGGAAGCCGCUGUUGGCUCGCCAUAGGUUGGUCAAUUCAGUCCUGCAGGAGGAAUUGAAGACAAUCCACGCUUUCACACAGAAAACGCUGACAGUCGAACAGUGGAAGAACCAAUCGUAAAACAUGUUCUCUUAAAUUCUUUCCUAUUAUAAUGAAGUAAUCGAU